AUGGCAUUCCAAGCACGCACACGACUUCCUUCAAUCAAGCUCUCCAACGGUCUCCCCAACUUCUGUUCUCCUGCCCUUCGCCGCCGAGCUUCGAUGGCUCAACAUCGUCAUGUGUCUCUAGAAUCUUAUAUAGUCACACCGAAAGAGCUUGCCGAUGCUUUGACGAAGAACGUCCCUACCAAGAUCUCCACAGCACCACGAGUGGUUCCAGUGUGUGCUUCCUGGUUUCUACCCAACGAUCCCGAAGGUCGUACAGGCCACAGCGUAUUCAAACAGCAACGAAUCCCUUCUGCCCGUUUCUUCGACCUUGACGCCGUCAAAGAUCAUGACUCAAAGUAUCCACACAUGCUGCCCACAGCCGAAGGGUUUGCUAAGGCCAUGCAAGAUAUUGGAAUUAGAAAGGAUGAUGAGGUUGUGAUUUACGACUCAAAAGAGCUCGGAAUAUUCAGUGCACCUCGUGUGGGUUGGACGUUCAAGGUCUUCGGUCAUUCAAGCGUCCACCUUCUCAACAACUUCAGAUUGUGGGUCGAGCAAGGUUAUCCCAUAGAAAGCGGAGAGGUGGUGGCAGUAGUUGAGGAGCCGAGCCAUUACCCGACACCCCAGGUCGAUCCAGAAAAAGUAGUGAAGUUUGCCGAGGUCAAAGAUAUCGCGAAGGACUAUGGCAAGGAGGGAGCAGAAGGAAUUCAGAUACUGGAUGCGAGGCCCAAGGGGAGAUGGGCGGGUACCGCACCUGAACCAAGGCCCGGACUGUCGAGCGGCCAUAUACCAGGCAGCAUGAGUGUCCCCCACUCGGAGCUGCUCGAUCCUAAGACUGGCGCCCUCCUUCCGAGCGACGAGCUGAGACGAAUCUUUGAGUCGAAAGGAGUCGAUCCGGAAAAACCGAUCAUUAGUAGCUGUGGUACAGGUGUAACAGCAGCGGUUAUUGAUGCUGCGCUCGGAGAAGCCGACUUUGGCCAUGCAAAUGACCGAAGAUUAUAUGAUGGCAGCUGGACGGAAUGGGCGCAGCGUGUCGCAGAGAGAGACCGUUUGAUCAGCAAGGAGGUUUAG